ACUUAUUUCUAAUAUUUUCCUCUCUCUCCCUCUCUGUCUCUCACUCUCUCUCCUCGGCACUUUAUGAUUAAAUGGUCGGCAAGCAAAGUGAUCAGACAUUGUGAGCGAAACUUUAGAUACAAUUUUUCAUAGAACUUUUGUAGUCAGUUGAGCGCGAUUAUUCAUGAAGAGGAGUUUAAAUUGCGGAGCAGGAAUGUAUGCUUGGAAAAGUGGGCAAAGUAUAAAAUAAAAAGAAAAGUAAAUUUUAAUAAAAUAUAAAUAAAAAUAUUUACAAAAAAAAUCUGCAAUAAUUUUCAAUUUUCUUUGCUAAGUAAACGAUUCAAAUGUUUGUUACUUUAAGCGUUAUUGCUACUGGUCCUAGUUACUUGAACAAGUUGUUUGGCCAGUUUUGUUGGAUAUGUUUAACGCUUUUAUGUUUCGUGUUUGUUGUCAUUAAUUUAAUGCAGAAGUGUUGAAUGUUCAUUCGUUGCAGAGGAGAAUUCUUUCCACAGUAAGAGGAUUUCAUGUCAAAACAAAUUAACACAGAAAUCAAAUUAAAAAAAAUAAAGAAAAUUUGUGCUCAAGUGUGCUGUAAAUCUUUCAAAAAAUUAAAUUAGGAAAUGCUUUCAAAAUAAUAAUAAUAAUAGUAAUAAUAAUAAUAAUUGCUCUUCCAAUGUGUAAAGUUUGAGAAAAUCGAAAAUCUUAAAGAAUAAUAUUAUAUAUAUAUAUAUAUAUAUAUAAGAAAGGAGAAAAAGUGUUAAUGAAUGAUUGGUUUUUGUUAAUGUCAAAAGUGUUGCCAGAUUUGCGUGAAAGCGGCCAACUUGCUAGAAAAGAUGUUUUAUAGAAAUAUUAAUCUGAGGUUAAACAGUAAAUAAAAAAAAAAAAUUAAUUCACAUAAGAAAGUUAUUCUAAAUGUUCGAAAUCAGAGCAUCAGAAUGUUGCAAACUUUGGAUAACUCUGCGCGAUCAUUAACGGUAUCGAGCACUUCGCUAGCUUCUACUCCUGUGACACCUAGCACUCCGACUACUCCGAACUCGUUGGAAGAGAAAACACAAAGACGUCGCUCGACAUUCUACGUGCCACUAGUAAUCGAAGACGAAGUCGAACCUUCCGUGCAGAACAAAGAUAAUCCGGUAGAUAAUUUGCAGCUGAAUAAAGCCAGUUUAUCAAGUUCGAAUAGUAAUAGCAAAGAAUUCAAAAAUUCAAAUAAUCAUAAUUUGAAAAAAUCUCUAAGCACAAAAAGUGGAGGAAAAACUGCUGUGGUGAAUACGGAUUCGCCACGCAAAACUACCACUUCCGUAAAAGUGACAACUUUGCUGUUUGAAAGGGCGAAUAGUACUUUAGGCUUUAGCACAACUUCAUCGACUGGUUCUUCUACGUCUUCGGGUUAUCGUAGCGGUUCCAAUUCUAGCAAGUCCUCAGCAAAAAUGGCUCCACCUUGUGGUUUUAAUUGGAGUUUGUCAGGAGUGACAGAUGGUGUUACCGCAGACCUUGAAGAAGAUAGCGACUCCCAGGAAUGUACUUCUAACUUAAACAAAAAUAAAUCUAUUAAACCAUCUACAAGUAGCACGGAAAAAUCUUCAGGUUCCGUGAAUGUUACAAAACGAACAGGAAAAUAUAAUAAAACGUCGACUAAUGGGCAAAGGCUAAGUACGACAACAAGUAAUAAGAGUUCUACAUUUCUGGCAGCCCAGUCCACACCCAUACCUAAGCAACGGACCCAGACUCAACAAUCAGCCAAGACUAAACGUUACGGAUUGGUAUUAAAUCAUAUUAAUUUAGAUGAGAAUUCUUCAAUGUCUUCGCCUAGAAAUUCUUUAAUUUCUUUGAGUUCUUCUGACAAACAAGUAAAACAAGAAACUAGCAAAGCCGGUGGUAAAAAUUCGACGCCCAGAAACUCAUCUAGUUCGCUGACUUUAUCAGAAGCAGGAGUUAAAGAGGUUAAAAAAAUUAACAGUAAAUGGCCAUUGCCAGCACCUAGAACACAAUUCAAUGAAGAUAAUGAUAUUGUGAUUAGCAGCAGUUCGUCACCGAGUUCUAGGACAAUAGUUAUAUUAAAUAAAACUCCCAAAGGAAAAGCAGGUAAUAGUAGUAGUAGUGUUAGCGCAAAUAGUACUGUAACCAGCACACCCGGCGAUUUUGAUGACGAAGAUGAUUCAGAGAUAAGUCGCAUACAGACUAAUACUUCGACACCGAUAAAAAUGAUGAAGUCACGCUCGCGCACCAAUAUCUUAUCGGUGCCCUCCUCUUCGACACUGAAGCAAAGCUCUGAGCAAAAUGUCAUUAGUAAAGUAACUUUGAAAGCUUCCACUAACACUAAUGCUUCCUCUAACAAUAAUAGCACUAAAGCAGCGGGUAAAACAUCGAUACACACCACCAUUAUUAUCCCAAGCAAUAUAGCGUCAUCGACUACGUUACCCACAUCGUCUUCUUCGGUUUUGCGCAUUAAAUCGAAAACCUUACCGCAAAAUCUGACACCAUCAGUUGUUUUAGAGCAGGGCAAAGCUUUGGAUGCAAAAGAAAACUCGUCAAAAAUCUUUCGUCAUAGUGAACAACAACAAUCUGGUCAAGCCAUAUCUAGCUCCAAACGUUUUGGUGGCAGUACAGCCGCUAGUUUAAAUAAGGAAUCUUCGAGAAACGGUAAAAACAUCAUAUUAACCUCUGCCUUUCCGCCUAAGAAUUUAUUUUUACUGAAAUCUACACCGAAACUUAGUACAACACCACCGUCGGUUAAUUCGGUAAACGAUAAAUCCUUAAGUCCGUCAAUUGCUUCUAAGAAAACAAUUUCGGCUUCGUCCUAUCCUACACAUCCUCAUCAGAUCACGUCACCCGCUAAAAAAUCAUUAAGUUUUAUACGUCGCGCUCAUUCAACCAAACUGUCGCGUAGCAAUUCUUUACUUAAAUCAAUCGCCUCGCAACAUCAACAGCAAAUGCACGGUUCCCAUUUAACAUCUGCUUCAGGUUCCGGCGACUGUUCGGGUAGCUGGGGCAAAGAUUUCUACAUCCAAUAUGAUGUCUGUCCGCUGACCUUGGACGAAUUGGAUUCUUAUUUUCGUGCUGAUCGUUGUACCGAAUUGAUACGAGAACGCUUUAAAAUUUGCGACGUAUCAGCUUGUGAUGGAAACUCGCAAAAUUGUUCAAACACCUCGGGUACCAUUACGGAUACAUUAACACAAGAUAAUACCCAAAAUUCAGCUACAACCGGAGAAGGGAAUGGUGGUGGGUCGUGUCACAUGGAUAGCAGUUGUGGCAGCAACACGACUAGCGUUAAAGGUGACCAAGGUGUUCAAUUGAUAGUAGGCGAUGGCGAUGAUGAGGCUGAUGAUGACGAUACCGGACAUCAUUCAGAUACGUCUUAUGAAAAAGCCUGCAGACGUGGUUCAGCGCCAGCUACACCAAUACUGGGUCAAAAACAAAGUCAACAAGAAAGCAAUACAACAUCAAGGUUUACGAAUUUCUUUUCAAAAAGGUCCAAUCCUUUAAAACGUACAAAAUCAGUAACCAAAUUGGAACGUACCAAAAGAGGAUCGGGUGGCUUGCGCGGCUCACGAUCCCAUGAAAGUUUACUCUCAAGUCAUGCUGUAAUGUCCACAAUUGAUCUCUCUUGCACCGGUGCUGUUGGUGUAGCUCCAGUGCAUCAAUCAGUUUUGGGUCGGCGUUAUUGUUUUCAAGUGCGAGGUGGUCCUCGCGGGGAACGUUACUAUUCAUGUGGCUCUCGUCAAGAACGCGAUUUGUGGAUUUAUUCUUUGCGGAAAUCCAUAGCACCUAAUGCCGAGCAUACACGUCGCACCGAUAAUUCUCUUAAGAUAUGGAUAUACGAGGCCAAAAAUUUACCACCAAAGAAAAAGUAUUUCUGUGAACUGCAUCUAGAUAAAACUCUAUAUGGGCGAACCAGCGUUAAAUUGCAAACCGAUUUAUUAUUCUGGGGUGAAUAUUUCGAUUUUCCCGACAUACCUGAAAUUAAUGUGAUUACAGUGAAUGUAUUUCGAGAGGUUGAAAAGAAGAAAAAGCGUGAUAAGCACAUGUUCGUGGGUUCAGUGAAAAUACCCAUACAUGAGGUUACCACGCGUUUAUUUUCCGAAGAUUGGUAUCAGAUACUCAGUGAGAAGAACGACAGUCUUAAUCGCAACGGCAAGGAUGUUAUACCCACUUUGCGUAUUAAGUGUCGCUUCCAGAGUAUCGAUAUCUUACCUAUACAGGUCUAUGCCGAUUUCUUGGCCUACCUUAAAGACAAUUAUAAGAAGGUAUGCGAGACUUUGGAACCUGUGAUCGGAGUAAAAGCCAAAGAGGAUAUCGGUCAAUCGUUAGUGUUGCUAAUGCAUGCCCAAGGUUUGGCGGGAGCUUUUCUAACCGAUGUAGUAGCAUUGGACUUGCUAAGAGUAGGCGAUCAACGUCUUACAUUUCGCGGAAACUCUUUGGCUACAAAAAGUAUGGAAGCUUUUCUGAAGUUGACCGGCGAACAGUAUUUGCAAGAUACGCUGGCAGCACCCAUUAAUGAAAUUAUACAAUCGGAUCGCGAUUGCGAAGUGGACCCAACCAAAGCUAACGGAUCGUUGCAGAGACAACAAGCCUCUUUAAGGGCUGCAGUGCGUAACGCUUGGCAAUGUAUUUAUGAAUCUCACAAACAUUUUCCGGCCCAACUACGAAAUUGCUUCGCUACGUUUCGAGAAAGAUUAGAACAAUUAGGACGUCAGGAUAUGGCCGAUAAUCUAAUAUCAGCCUCGAUCUUUCUACGAUUUCUCUGUCCAGCUAUUCUCUCGCCCAGUCUUUUUAAUAUAACGAAUGAGUUACCUUCUACAAGGGCUACACGAAAUUUGACUCUGGUGGCCAAAACUUUACAAACUUUGGCAAAUUUUACCCGUUUUCAGGGCAAAGAGAACUUCAUGGAAUUUCUUAACGACUUUCUGGAACAAGAGGCUCCUCGCAUGAAGGAAUUCCUACAACAUAUUUCUACAAGACCUGAACAUCAUAGCCCAGAAUCCAUUUUGGACUGGGCAGGCUAUAUAGAUCAAGGCAAACAAUUAUCUAUAUUGCAUUUACUGCUCAGUGAAAGCAUUAUCAAAUUGCCUGACUCACGUCAACAUGAUUUAGAUCCUUUGCAACAUAUUUUGGAUGAGAUAAGUAAAGCCAAAGAGAGCAAUAGCUAUAUCCAGCAGCUUGCACCACCUCAUUUGUUAAUGUCUACCUCGGCGACAAGUGAGAAUCAAGAAAAUCGCAAUCCAGAAGAGAUGAUGAUUUCUUCGACUACCUCGACAACGUCGGCCGCGGGCAUUGUUCAGCAAGCUCAGCUGGCUCAGCCCCAGCAUGCUGUCAUAACCAAACCGAUAGCAACGGAACGCGGAAUAAUGCGUGGUGUACUAACACCCAGUUCGCUGGAAAAGAACAUUUUCCGUUAUAACGAUCCAACUGUAAACGGUCUACUUCAACAGCAACAACAGCAACAGCAGCUACAAGGUUCAGUCAAUAAUAAUAUGGAAAAAAGACAAUCGAAUUCUCAAAAUUCCUUGGCGGCUUUACCCGGUUACGCAGGUGGACUUCAACACGCGCAAUCACAAACUUCCAUAGCCAGUUCUUCGCAAUUGUUAAUGAGUGCAGCCAGUAUUCAACAUCAUUGUCCACCCGCUCCCAAUGCUAGUGCCAAUAAUACCAUGGAACGUCAUUACUACACUGGAGGGUCCUCGAAUGGUAAUCUCUCUACCAACGCUAGCUCUGUAAGUCACAAUGUCAAUGACAGCGAGUGUUCUGGCAGCGGCCAAUUGAGAGCCACCACCUUGCCCCGAGGCAAUAACAAUAAUAAUAAUUAUGACGAAAUGAGUGGGGACUUCAUACAAAUAUCUGGCUUAGAUACUAACAGUGCAUUUGUAAAGAAGUCUCCUACGCCCCUAAUGAAAAACAAUCAUUCUUCAAACGCGGUGGCGGUGAGCACAACUGUCAGUAUGCUAAAUUCCACUCAACAGCAAAGACAGCAGCAGCAACAACAACAUAAACUUUUAAAUAAUUCUUCAUUGAGCCUAACGCUAAGCGAAAGAACACCGAGCAAAUUAAAUUUGGGCAUACCUGAUCACUCAAGCUCUCCUCUGACCCAUAAAAUGACAACUAGCAAUGCAUUGCCACCACCCUAUCAAAGACCUCGAGAUACUAAUCCUAAUUCGAAUAUGCCCAUGAAUCUAGAAGAUUUGGAUGAUCUGUUCAAAUACGCCGAGGAACAUGCGGUUGUGGGUGAGGUAAAUCCACCAUCGAUUGCUAGCAAUCGUAACUCCACCAAAGAGCAAUUAUCAGCCAAAAGUUCACAUUGCAGUAGUUCGGGAUAUCAAAGUAUUAAUACACAAGGCCAUAACUCUUCUUCCGUGCAAACUAAUAGCCCUGUAGAGAAUCAACAGAAGCUAAGUGCAGCCAAUGCGCCGCUGGCAUUUAAAAAUCCCAGCUAUCAGUUACAGAGUGCUCAGAGUCAUCAUCAUUAUCAUCAUCAUAAUCACGUGCACCAUCAGAAUUCUCAACAACGUUCAAAUUUUGGUGUAGGAUUUACGGCACAUCAACAACUAUUUGGUGGAAACAAUCAUCAACGUCAGAAAUCUUCGGGUAGUAUAGGUAUGGUGGCUGCACGGGCAGCUUUAUUGAAUAGUGGCGGUGCACCGUUAACACCUUCGUCCAGUGAGGAGCGCUUAUCUACCGAUAAUAAUUAUCAUGUUUACGCGCCUGUACAAAAACUACUCAAAUCUCCUUCACAUGGCCACUUAGAUGCUCAGCGCACUUUAAGCGCUGGUAGUAGUUCAUCAGGUUCUAGUUCACAUGUAGGUGGCGGUGGUGGUGGCGGUGGUGGUGGCGGUGGUGGUGGAGUACUUAAUCUUCCUCCAUCCCGUAACAUGCCCCGGACAAAUCCUCAGUUCAAAAGAGAAGAUAUUUAUGCUCCCUUAAACAACGGCAGCAAUUAUUUGACAUCAUCCUCGAAUUCCUCGGGCGGCAGCAACGGUCUACAGGUUGGAACUACCGUAGCUAUUUAUAAUAAUCCCAAUAUAGGCGGUGCGGGACGUAAUAACAAUCAUAACCAUCAUCAAUAUCAAAAUAACUCGGGAGUGCUGAUGUUGGCUGGCUCUAACGGUCGCUAUCAAAGACGUUUAAGUUUAGAUUCAGCUCGUACACUGUCGGACAGCUCAACCGACACGGAAGGCCAUGGUCCAACCCAUGAAAGCAAUAAUAAACGACGUCGACCACCCCGUAAUGCUUCCACAGGUUUAUCGAUGGCUACGCAGCUUAAUCAAACAUCGCUAAAUAGCUAUGAUCAAAAUGGCGAGAUACAGUUGCUGCAAGAGACUUUAGACACUUUGCGACACACUUUAGAUCGCGAUGAGGCCGAGUUGCGUGACUCCUCUGAUGAGUUGUUUGCUUUGCAACGUUGCAAUGGUUACGGACCAGUCAGCAAUGGCUUGAGUAGUAAUAAUCUUAGCUUACAAUCGGAGUCCACCAUGAGGAGCAUUAUCGAUAGAUUGAUUACUAUGGAAGAGGAGCUGCGACGUGAACAAUUGAAAAUGUCUUUAGCUUUGUCUCACAAGCAACGUGUCAUUGAGGAACAGGGUCAGCAAAUAGCAGCUUUAGAUGCUACCAAUAGUCGUUUAUUAAGUGCUUUAACGGCUUUACGGCAGCGUUAUGAAACUCAACAACAGCAACAACAACAGCAACAGCAAAACCAAACGCAACAAUAAAUAAAUAAUUUUAACUCAAAAUAAUCUCGCUCCCCUUCCGCGGCCUCCUCCAAUUUCCCAAUCAUGCUCCUUCCUUCUCUCUCUCUCUAUUUAUCUAUCUCUCUGUUGCUCUCUCCUCAAAUUCAGCAAAAGAGAAAAUUUAUUUAAAAAUUUUUAAGAUUGUAUUUAUGCUACAAAAAGAAAAACAAAAAAAACGU